GGCAGACAGGUCCCGUAAAAGCGCUUUUACUUCAAUAGUGCGUCAAACAACUUCAACGCCAAAUUCUCUUCCUUCUUUUCCCUCACCUCCCAGUUCCCACACUCGAGAACUUGCAGAGAUAGAAGAAGAGCAACUCAGAAAAAAUACAAACAAAUGGGGGAUUCUCGAGUGGAGACAAUCUCGAGAUUAGCACAAUGGAGAAUCGAAAACUUUGGACCUUGCUCUUACAAAAAAUCCGACGCUUUCAAGGUCGGUAUCUGGAACUGGCACUUGUCUGUGGAGAAAAAUCGGUAUCUGUAUAUACGUUUAUUUCCGGAGCCAUCCCGUUUGUCAAAAGAACAACCUCCUAUUGCUAGCUUCGUUCUUCGAGUUUCUAUUGCUGGCGCUAACCGCAAACCUUACAUCUCUCCAGUUCAUGAGAGAUUGCUUCGGACUUGUGAAGACUUUGUCUGGCCUGUUGAUACUAUGUUCCAGGGGCGCUUCAUCAUCGAUGUUGAUUUUCUAGACCUGAAAGUCUGUCCUCUGAAUGGUGGGUUGCCCAGUUCUAUAUGGCCCUGUGAUGGAUUGAUGCAACGUGUCUCAUCCCAAAGCACUCUUCGAUGCCUCUCCCGCAUGCUUGAUGAAGGCAUCCAUGCUGAUGUUGCCAUCCACGCUGCUGAUGGCACUCUAAAAGCUCACAAGGCAGUUCUGGCAGCGAGUUCUCCUGUUUUCCAGAGCAUGUUCCAUCAUAAUCUCAAGGAAAAAGAAUCCUCCAUAAUUAACAUAGAAGACAUGUCGGUAGAAUCUUGCAUGGCCCUUCUCAGUUACGUGUAUGGAACCAUAAAACAAGAGGAUUUCUGGAAGCACAGGCUGUCACUGCUGGGGGCUGCGAACAAAUACGACAUUGCUGACUUAAAGGAUGCUUGUGAGGAUAGUCUCAUGGAAGACAUCAACUCAGCGAAUGUCCUCGAGAGGCUGCAGGAAGCCUGGCUAUACCAGUUGAACAAGUUGAAGAAAGGAUGCUUGAUGUAUUUGUUUGACUUUGGCAAGAUAUACGAUGUUAGGGACGAAAUCAAUAAUUUUUUCAGGCAAGCAGACCGUGAACUGAUGCUGGAGAUGUUCCAAGAAGUGCUUACAGUUUGGAAACCGGUAUAAUUUGCCUUGUACGUUCUCUGUUUGGGAUUUGGUUUCAGCCUGAGAGUUUGUAUAGAAUAGUGAAAUCUUCUUAACUAGAUAUGUAAUGAGUUUUUAGCUAUUAACUGUGAGAUUUUGAGUGUUGUAAAUGAUGUAAAACUUUGUUCUGGACUUGACAAUUGUGUGUCAUGGAAUAUGGAUGAAUGUUCUCGUCUUUUGUUUAGUCCUUCUGCAAGGAGCGCUGGAGCGCAGACUUAAGGCUGAAGAACAGAAUUCCUUCACAUGUUUUAGUUUGGGGUUGCCAAUUUCUCAAAUGGGCUGCCUAAGUAUUUCUUUAAGGGUGUGUCUACUCUGGAAAGAUAACUCCGAUAAUCAAUCUUUAAUU